AUUUCCCUAAGUUCGACCUCGAUGGCUCAAUACUUGCUGCGGCUCGGCUUUAUGACUUUUAUCAGCUUUACAGUGCUUCUGGUCGCUCUGGGUUUGCGCGUAGUUGAGUGUAGAUGGACAUUGCACUCUUUUCUCCAUCAUCGCUUUUCGCCGACGAAGAUGAUAGCUCUGCGGGAGAGGAGACGGGAGAGAAAGAUCAGAGCUUUGUUGACAGAAGCCACCAAUUUCCCGGCAUGGAAUUGCUUAUUCGAGAAUUCUCAUUUCAUCAGCUGAAUGCAAACUUACUUUGGCCUGGAACAUUUUCAUUUGCAGAUUGGUUAGUAGAACAUCCAUCAUGGUUACAACACCAACGCAUCAUCGAGUUGGGCAGUGGCACUGGAGCUUUGGCCAUUUUUUUGCGGAAGUCAUUUGGAGUUGACAUCACUACUUCAGACUUUGAUGACGAGGAAAUAGAAAAGAACAUAGCACAUAAUUGCAGGGUCAAUGGAAUAAUUCCUGCAUUGCCCCACAUCAGACACACAUGGGGAGAUGCCUUUCCAUCAACUGACCCAGAUUGGGACCUGGUCAUUGCUAGUGAUAUCUUACUAUAUGUGAAACAGUACCCAAACUUGAUAAAGACACUGUCAUUCCUCCUCAAGUCUUACAAGCCAAAAGAUGAGCAAGCAAUACCUAGAAUACAAGAUAAUCAGCCUGGAAUAGACAGGAGGUUACAUUGGCCAGCAUUCUUAAUGAGUUGGAGACGCAGGAUAGGGAAGGAGGAUGAAGCACUCUUCUUCAAUGGGUGUGAGGAUGCUGGUCUUGUUGUAGAACAUGUUGGUUCACGUGUAUACUGCAUCAGCCUUAGGGAGAGUAGUACCAUGGAACUGCAAAUAGCCAGUAAGGCUGAUGUCCAGAUGGGCCACCAAUGAGUCUGUCUGUGUACGUGAUUAAACAAUUUCAUUCAUGUAUCAUUGUUAUCAUCAUCAUUAUUUUUCAGUUGAACUUCUUAGAAUCAAGGUCAAGAAAAAAAUCUUAAAUUAGUAAUGAAUCUUUUUGUUUUUGGUAAAAGAUUAGUCAUGAAUCUCUCUUUAAUCAGUUCAUUCUAUUUA